AUGUUAAAGGACAAUAAAGGGAGGAAUGAACAGUUGGCCCAAAGUCAGUUGUUGGUAGUGGACGUUUUUGUUAUUUCUGAAGGUAGCAGCUGUCGAAUCGAAGCCAUCUUCCGUCUUGUUCGUCACUUCGAAAUUUACGCCAUUUGUUCUCCGGAGAGAAGUGAACCUGCUCACGGAGCAAAACCACCGGAUAGUGAAAAGGGUUCUGCAGAUAGUGAAAAGCUUGAAAGCUUAACACAUACAUACAUGUCAGCACUACCACCACCACUACCACUACAACCACAACAGUUGGCCUUUAAGCACAAUUCGGCAACAAUUGACCAUGGAACAUAUGUGCUUCUUCGGCCGAGGAGUUAG